CAAUGAGGCUGGUCUUUCACCGCAGAGGCAGUACACUGUGUAUUGUUCUGUGUGGGGUUUGUUUUCCUCUGGCCAGCGAGCAGGGAGCCUCCCAUUUUCCAAGCUGUAGUGACACCCCUGGAGGCUGGUCUUCUUGGUCACGGCUUCCCACCCCUGCGGGCUCUGCGCAUCCAGCCAGUGAGACUAAGCCCUCCUGCCUGGGAAACAGGCUUCCUUCCUUUUCUCUGGCUGGCGGUGCAUCGGGAGACGCAGCUGUCCCUGCUGCAGGCUUUCUGACAGCGCUCUGGGUGGAGAAUGCAGGCUGAUAAGUGUCGGACGAGCGGUAGAAACGACAAGAAAGAGCUGGUUAUCGAGUCCCCACUGCAGUGCAAGGAUGCCGCGCAGGGAGACGCCGAGGUGGAGAGCUCAGCCUCGGCAAAGCCAAAGCUCAUCGAGCCCCUUGACUAUGAAAAUGUCAUCGUGCAGAGGAAGACUCAGAUCCUGAAUGACUGUCUGCGCGAGAUGCUCCUCUUCCCGUACGACGACUUCCAGACGGCCAUCCUGCGGCGGCAGGGGCGGUACGCACGCUCCACAGUCCCUGCAAAGGCAGAGGAGGAGGCACAGAGCUUGUUUGUCACCGAGUGCAUCAGAACCUACAAUUCCGACUGGCAUCUCGUGACCCAUAAAUAUGAAGAUUUCUCAGGAGAUUUUCGACAGCUUCCGAACAAAGCGGCCAAGUUGGAUAAGCUCCCAGUUCACGUCUAUGAAGUGGAUGAGGAGGCUGACAAAGAUGAGGAUGCCGCGUCCCUUGGGUCUCAGAAGGGCGGGAUCACCAAGCACGGCUGGCUGCACAAAGGCAACAUGAACAGUGCCAUCAGUGUGACCAUGAGGUCAUUUAAGAGGCGGUUUUUCCACCUGAUUCAACUUGGUGAUGGAUCAUAUAAUUUGAACUUUUAUAAAGAUGAAAAGAUCUCCAAGGAGCCCAAAGGAUCCAUAUUCCUAGAUUCCUGCAUGGGUGUGAUCCAGAACAACAGAGUCAGACGCUUCGCUUUCGAGCUCAAGAUGCAGGACAAGAGCAGUUACCUUCUGGCUGCGGACAGCGAGGCGGAGAUGGAGGACUGGGUCACGGUUCUCAACAAGAUUCUCCAGCUCAACUUCGAAGCUGCCAUGCAAGAAAAGCGAAACGGGGACUCCCAUGAAGAUGAUGAACAGAGCAAGCUGGAAGGUUCCGGUUCCGGUCUGGAUAGCUACCUGCCUGAGCUUGCCAAGUGCUCCAGAGAAGCGGAAAUCAAACUGAAAAGCGAGAGCAGAGUAAAGCUUUUUUACUUGGACCCAGAUGCCCAGAAACUUGACUUCUCAUCUGCUGAGCCGGAGGUGAAGCCAUUUGAAGAAAAAUUUGGGAAAAGGAUUCUUGUCAAGUGCAAUGAUUUGUCUUUCAACCUGCAAUGCUGUGUCGCCGAAAACGAGGAGGGACCCACUACAAAUGUCGAGCCUUUCUUUGUCACCCUGUCCCUGUUUGAUAUAAAAUACAACAGGAAGAUUUCUGCUGAUUUCCACGUGGACCUGAAUCACUUCUCGGUGCGGCAGAUGCUGGCACCCACGUCCCCUGCACUGGUGAAUGGUAGCCAGAGCCCACCCGCCUUCCAGGACGCCCUUCACGCGGCAUCCAUGCAGUACCCGAAACAGGGAAUAUUUUCAGUCACGUGUCCUCACCCAGAUAUAUUUCUCGUGGCCAGAAUCGAGAAAGUCCUCCAGGGAAGCAUCGCACACUGUGCUGAGCCGUACAUGAAGAGCUCUGACUCCUCUAAGGUGGCUCAGAAGGUGCUGAAGAACGCCAAACAAGCGUGCCAGAGACUAGGGCACUACAGAAUGCCAUUCGCUUGGGCAGCAAGGACGUUGUUUAAGGAUUCCUCCGGAAACCUGGACAAGCAUGCCAGAUUCUCUGCCGUCUACCGGCAAGACAGCAGUAAGCUCUCAAACGACGAUGUGCUCAAGCUACUUGCAGACUUCCGGAAACCUGAGAAGAUGGCCAAACUCCCGGUGAUUUUAGGCAACCUGGACAUUACAAUUGACAACGUCUCCUCUGACCUCCCCAAUUAUCUGAACUCAUCAUACAUUCCUGUGAGGCAGUUUGAAACCUUCAGUAAGUCUCCGAUCACCUUUGAAGUGGAGGAGUUUGUGCCCUGCAUACCCAAACACACCCAGCCGUACACCGUCUACAGCAACCACCUGUACGUUUACCCGAAGUACUUGAAAUACGACAGUCAGAAGUCUUUUGCCAAGGCCAGAAAUAUUGCUGUCUGCAUUGAGUUCAAAGAUUCUGAUGAAGAAGACUCUCAACCCCUGAAGUGCAUUUACGGGAGACCUGGGGGCCCGUUGUUCACAAGGAGUGCUCUUGCCGCGGUCCUCCACCACCAGCAGAACCCUGAGUUCUACGAUGAGAUCAAGAUCGAAUUGCCAACCCAGCUGCAGGAAAAGCACCAUCUGCUGUUCACCUUCUUCCACGUCAGCUGUGAUAACUCGACGAAGGGAAACACGAAGAAGAAGGAUGCUGUCGAGACGCAAGUUGGCUUUUCCUGGCUUCCCCUCCUGAAGGACGGAAGAGUGGUGACCAACGAGCAGCACCUCCCUGUCUCAGCCAACCUCCCCUCCGGCUACCUCGGCUACCAGGAGCUUGGCGCGGGCAGGCAUUAUGGUCCAGAAGUGAAGUGGGUGGAAGGAGGCAAGCCACUGCUGAGAGUGUCCACGCAUCUGGUUUCCACGGUGUACACGCAGGACCAGCAUUUACAUAAUUUCUUCCAGUACUGCCAGAAAACGGAAUCUGGAGCCCAAGCCUCAGGGAGUGAACUCGUAAAAUACCUUAAGAGUCUGCAUGCAAUGGAAGGCCAUGUGAUGAUUGCCUUCCUGCCAACCAUUUUAAACCAGCUGUUCCGAGUUCUCACCAGAGCCACCCAGGAGGAGGUUGCAGUUAAUGUGACUCGGGUCAUUAUUCAUGUGGUUGCCCAGUGCCACGAGGAAGGAUUGGACAGCCACUUGAGGUCAUAUGUUAAGUUUGCCUAUAAGGCUGAGCCAUACAUUGCAUCUGAAUAUAAGACAGUGCACGAGGAGCUGACCAAAUCCAUGACCGCCAUCCUCAAGCCUUCUGCGGAUUUCCUGACUAGCAACAAACUUCUUAAGUACUCUUGGUUUUUCUUUGAUGUGCUGAUAAAGUCCAUGGCUCAGCAUUUGAUAGAAAAUAACAAAGUCAAGUUACUGCGAAACCAGAGAUUUCCGGCCUCCUACCAUCAUGCUGUGGAGACCGUGGUGAACAUGGUGAUGCCACACAUCACGCAGAAAUUCCGAGAUAACCCAGAAGCUUCUAAGAAUGCCAAUCACAGCCUGGCUAUGUUCAUCAAGAGAUGCUUCACCUUCAUGGACAGGGGCUUUGUCUUCAAGCAGAUGAACAACUGCAUCAGCUGCUUCGCUCCUGGAGACCCCAAGACUCUGUUUGAAUACAAGUUUGAGUUUCUUCGUGUGGUAUGCAACCAUGAACACUAUAUUCCUUUGAACUUGCCGAUGCCGUUUGGGAAAGGCAGGAUUCAGAGAUACCAAGAUCUUCAGCUUGACUACUCCUUAACGGAUGAAUUCUGCAGGAACCACUUCUUGGUGGGCCUGCUGCUGAGGGAGGUGGGCACCGCGCUGCAGGAGUGCCGGGAGGUGCGCGCCGUCGCCAUCAGCAUGCUCAAGAACCUGCUGAUCAAGCAUUCCUUUGAUGACAGAUACGCUUCGAGGAGUCACCAGGCGAGGAUAGCCACUCUCUACUUGCCUCUGUUUGGCCUGCUUAUUGAAAACGUCCAGCGGAUCAACGUGAGGGAUGUGUCGCCCUUCCCUGUGAAUGCAGGCAGUAUUGCAAAGGAUGAACCUCUUGCUGCGCCAGCCGGGAACCCACUCAUGACUCCACAGAAGGGAAACACACUUGACCACAGCCUGCACAGAGACCUCUUGGGCGCCAUCUCUGGCAUCGCCUCCCCAUAUACUGCCUCCACCCCCAACAUCAACAGCGUGAGAAAUGCUGACUCAAGAGGUUCUCUCGUCAGCACGGACUCGGGCAGCAGCCUCCCGGAGAGGAACCCUGACAAGAGCAACUCCCUGGAGAAGCAUCAGCAGAGUGGCACGCUGGGAAAUUCCAUGGUUCGCUGUGACAAACUGGACCAGUCUGAGAUUAAGAGCUUGCUGAUGUGUUUCCUCUAUGUAUUGAAAAGCAUGUCUGAUGAUGCCCUGUUUACAUACUGGAAUAAGGCUUCAACUGCUGAGUUGAUGGAUUUCUUUACGAUAUCUGAGGUCUGCCUGCACCAGUUCCAGUACAUGGGGAAGCGCUACAUAGCCAGGAACCAGGAGGGGUUGGGACCCAUAGGUCAUGACCGAAAGUCUCAGACAUUGCCUGUUUCCCGUAACAGAACAGGAAUGAUGCAUGCCAGAUUGCAGCAGCUGGGCAGCCUGGAUAAUUCUGUCACUUUUAACCACAGCUAUGGCCACUCAGAGGCAGACGUCAUUCAUCAGUCACUUCUCGAAGCCAACAUCGCCACUGAGGUCUGCCUCACAACCCUGGACACGCUCUCUCUGUUCACACUGGCUUUUAAGAACCAGCUCUUGGCUGACCAUGGCCACAAUCCCCUCAUGAAGAAGAUUUUCGACGUCUACCUGUGUUUCCUACAAAAACACCAAUCAGAAAUGGCUUUGAAAAAUGUCUUUACCGCCCUGAGGUCAUUAAUUUAUAAGUUCCCGUCAGCGUUCUAUGAGGGGCGAGCAGACAUGUGCUCCUCCCUGUGCUACGAGGUCCUCAAGUGCUGUAACUCCAAGCUCAGCUCCAUUCGCACCGAGGCCUCACAGCUACUCUACUUCCUCAUGAGGAACAACUUUGACUACACAGGAAAGAAGUCUUUCGUCCGGACACACCUACAGGUCAUCAUUUCUGUCAGCCAGCUGAUUGCAGAUGUGGUUGGUAUCGGAGGAACCAGAUUCCAGCAGUCCUUGUCCAUUAUCAACAACUGUGCCAACAGCGACCGCCUCAUCAAGCACACCAGCUUCUCCUCUGAUGUGAAAGAUUUGACCAAGAGGAUCCGCACAGUCCUGAUGGCCACAGCCCAGAUGAAGGAUCACGAGAGAGACCCGGAGAUGCUGGUGGACCUGCAGUACAGCCUCGCCAAAUCCUACGCCAGCACCCCUGAGCUGCGCAAGACGUGGCUGGACAGCAUGGCCAGAAUCCAUGUUAAAAAUGGGGACCUCUCAGAGGCAGCAAUGUGCUACGUCCACGUCACAGCCUUGGUGGCCGAAUACCUCACACGGAAAGAAGCUGACCUAGCCCUCCAGCGGGAACCACCUGUCUUCCCCUACAUCCAUACCACCUGCCAGAGGAGGAGCCGGGGAGGAGUGUUCAGACAGGGCUGCACAGCCUUCAGGGUCGUCACGCCCAACAUCGAUGAGGAGGCAGCCAUGAUGGAGGAUGUUGGCAUGCAGGACGCUCACUUCAACGAGGAGGAGCUGCUGGAGCUGCUGGAGCAGUGUGCAGACGGGCUCUGGAAGGCGGAGCGCUACGAGCUGAUCGCCGACAUCUACAAGCUUAUCAUCCCCAUCUACGAGAAGCGGAGGGACUUCGAGAGACUAGCCCAUCUGUAUGACACGCUACACCGGGCCUACAGCAAAGUGACGGAGGUCAUGCACUCUGGCCGCAGGCUUCUGGGGACCUACUUCCGGGUGGCCUUCUUUGGACAGGGGUUCUUCGAAGAUGAAGAUGGCAAGGAGUACAUCUACAAAGAACCCAAGCUCACGCCCCUGUCAGAGAUUUCUCAGAGGCUCCUUAAGCUUUACUCAGAUAAAUUCGGUUCGGAAAACGUCAAAAUGAUACAGGAUUCCGGCAAGGUCAACCCGAAGGACCUGGACUCCAAGUCCGCGUAUAUCCAGGUGACCCACGUGACCCCGUUCUUCGAUGAAAAGGAGUUACAAGAGAGGAAAACGGAGUUUGAACGCUGUCACAACAUCCGGCGCUUCAUGUUUGAGAUGCCCUUCACCCAGACUGGCAAGAGGCAGGGCGGCGUCGAGGAGCAGUGUAAACGCCGUACCAUCCUCACGGCGAUCCACUGCUUCCCCUACGUGAAGAAGCGGAUCCCCGUGAUGUACCAGCACCACACUGACCUCAACCCCAUCGAGGUGGCCAUUGACGAGAUGAGCAAGAAGGUGGCCGAGCUCCGCCAGCUGUGUUCCUCUGCCGACGUGGACAUGAUCAAGCUGCAGCUCAAGCUCCAGGGCAGUGUGAGCGUGCAGGUCAAUGCUGGUCCACUAGCGUAUGCCCGAGCCUUCCUUGACGACACCAACACAAAAAGAUACCCUGACAAUAAGGUGAAGCUGCUGAAGGAAGUUUUCAGGCAGUUUGUGGAAGCUUGCGGUCAAGCUCUCGCGGUAAAUGAACGUCUGAUCAAGGUAGACCAGCUGGAGUACCAGGAGGAGAUGAAGGCCAACUACAGGGAGAUGACCAAGGAGCUGUCUGACAUCAUGCGUGAGCAGAUUUGUCCGCUGGAGGAGAAGACGAGCGUCCUCCCAAAUUCCCUGCACAUCUUCAACGCCAUCAGCGGGACGCCGACCAGCACAGUGGUUCAGGGGUUCACCAGCUCGUCGUCAGUCGUGUGAUCUUUACCUCCUGAACCACAUGUGGGGACAUGCUUUGUCAUGGCAAACUCAGGACGACUUGGAGAGCUGACACUGGUGUGGCCGCGCACAGGAAGAAGCCAUGGGGGAGAGAGGGGCCCGGGCUGGGAUACUUAGUAGCAGAGUUUAUAGGAGUCGGGGGAAGGUGCACAUAUUUUUUUUUAAUCUCACUGGCAAUACUUAGUUUUCCUCGUGUCUUAACGGGUGUAUGUGGAUCUUGAGCCACAAUUCAACUUUAUUCUUCUUACAGUAUUAAAGUAAAUUACCUAAAGGAAAGAUAUUCUGGGACAUUCGUAGCAGAUACAGCCGUACUGAAACUAAGGCUGGGGACUAAGCUGGAAAAAUCUUGAAAAAAUAUUUUUUCCCCUUGUGGCACAUUCAGGUUGAGUACAAGAACUAUUUUUGUGUCUAGUUUUUGAUGACGGAAAGGAAUUGACUGUGGUAAUUUUUGUACUAGUGGAUGAGGCGGCGUAGAGCCUUUACCUUCAUGCCUUGUGUUGGAAACAUGAGAGCGGA